UGGCCAUUAGUAUUAAAUCGGUCGAGGAACGUCCAGCACGGCGCGCAUUAUCCGGUAGAUACACAUUCGUCAGAUACAGAUACAAAUUGCAGAAAAUGGCUGAGCAGAAGAAGGCUCCAUUGCUGAAGAAGGAGGAGGACUACGUGAAGGCCCUCGAGGGCUUCAUCAACCCCGAAACCGAUCAGGUGGCCCUGCUGCUGGAUUACGAUGGUACUCUGGCCCCCCUGACCGAGGAGCUCUCGGUGAUGCCCAAGGAUACUGAAAUCAACAUCAAGAAACUGGCCGGCAACGACAAAAUCUUCAUGGUCGUCUUCUCCGGACGGGAGCUGGCUGAGAUCAAGAACCACCUCAAGUUCCCCAAUGUCACCUAUGCCGGUAACCACGGUCUGGAGGUGGAGUAUCCCUCCGGCAAGAAGUUCAAGAUUGAGAUGCCCGAGGAGCUGCUGGAGAAGCACAACAAACUGGUGGCUGAGCUCAAGGAGAAGGUCGUGUGCUCUGGUGCCUGGGUGGAGGACAAGAAGAUCUCGGUCACCUACCACUACAAGGGUGUCACCGACAAACUGAAGACCAAGCUGAUCGGCGAGGCCAAGGCUCUGAUCCAGGCCCAUGGAUUCCAGCUGAUCGAGACCCCCUACGCUCUGGAGGGCAAGCCCCGCGUCAACUGGGACAAAGGUGAGGGUGCCAAGAUGAUCCUGGAGAAGCAGUUCGAUGCCGACUGGGCCAAGAACCUGAAGAUCAUCUAUGUGGGCGAUGACACCACCGACGAGGAUGCCAUCAAGGUACUGCACGGUAUCGGCAAGACCUUCCGCGUCUCCGAGCUGCCCACCCUGAAGACCUAUGCCAACUACCAGAUCAAGACCGUUGAGGAGGUCGGCUGGCUCCUGAAAGCCGUGCAGGCCUACUACGAGAAGAAGAAGAAGGCUUAAGCGGAUCGCCCCCUCCCCCCCCAAAAAAGGAUAUUAAGCUUAAGCUAAAUUCCACGUACACUCACAAAAAUACCACACACAUACGCACAUAAUUACACAACAUACAUACAACACAUACGCGGGAAAAGGACAUGUCCCAAAUGUCCUUGCUUGCCCCAACAAAAAAAAAAUCUAUUUUCUGUAUCUUUGAUUUUGCCAAAUAAAAACAUAAAUACAACAUUUUACAUAA